AUGGCCGGGCUGCUGCAGACGGUGUUCAUCAUCUUCUCCAUGCUGUUCAGCCCGGCGUGCGGCUAUUUGGGGGAUCGCUACAACCGCAAGUGGAUCAUGGUGGCCGGGAUUCUGGUGUGGGUGAUGGCCGUCUUCGCGUCGACGUUCGUCCCGGCUGAUAAAUUCUGGCUAUUCCUGCUGAUGCGCGGCAUCGUCGGGGUGGGAGAAGCCUCGUACGCCGUCGUCUCCCCCUCCCUGAUUGGCGAUCUCUACAGCGGCAAGACGCGCUCGCGGAUGCUGAUGCUCUUCUACUUUGCCAUCCCCUUCGGAAGCGGUAUCGGCUACGUGAUCGGGGCUCAGUUGAGCGCGGCGUUUGGCCGCUGGGAAUGGGGCAUGCGGUUGACGCCCUUUUUCGGUGCCAUCUGCGUGAUUCUGAUCGUGCUGUUCGUCUUCGAGCCGGAGCGCGGGUUGGCCGAUGAGGGGGCAAAAGCCGAGAAAACGCUGGCCGAGCACACGCUCUCCGUUGUCGAGCCGCCGGAGGAGGGCGGCAAUCUGCUCGGCUACCUGAACGACCUGAAGACGCUCGUCAAAAACCCCACCUACCUGUUCUCGACGUUCGGCUACACGGCGCUGGUGUUUGUCACCGGCACGCUGUCGUGGUGGGUGCCGACGGCGAUGAGCCACGCGAAGGCCCACGAGCUCGGGCUCAACUCGACCGACUCGCUGGCCGACACCUACAAAAAAGACAUCGCGCUCAAGUUCGGCACGGUCACCAUCGCCGGCGGGAUCGUCGGUGUUUGUGCAGGGUCGCUGCUCUCUGAGCUGCUCCGAACGGGCCGCCUGUGUUUCCGCUUGUGCCGUACCGCCCGUGCCGAUCCGAUCAUUUCCGACAAAUUCCUCGGCUGUUUUUUGUGGUCGGAAUUCGAUGGGAUGGCUGCCAUGGAUGCCUAUAAUGUGCUCCCCGAAGCGCAGAGGCGUGGCGUGGGGCGUGGAUUGUGGGACUACACGAUGGUCCGCUCCGUUCCACCCAACCUGACUCGAGCCAUGAGGGCCAUCCCCGAGCACCUCGAGCGCUAUUUGAAGCUGGGCUGGCCACAUCGAGGGCCGGUACAGUAUGAAAUGUAUUGUAGCCCUGCGGAGUUGAAGGCGACUUGUUCGUCGGUGUUGGCAAUGUGCCAAGCGUCGGGUUCUGGAGAAUUCGUCGAGAUCCAGAGACUUGAUAAGAAGGCCCGGCUGCACGUCCACUUCACCGACACGACGACCGGAUUCUAUACCAUGCUCCCACUGCUCGAAAAGUGCACCCAGAGACGCCGAGAAUUCUACGCCACCACCCUAUACGAUCGCCCGUACCGUAACCCGGUCGACACGGAUCUCGUCUACGUCAUUCACGACAAUUUUUUGCACUUUGACAUG